CAGUAUUUCCCUCAAAACGGUCCCAGCAUCGUCAUCAUGGUAUCCGAUAACAAGACAAUUGUCCCCCCCAAACGGGCAAAUACUGACUACCCGCUCAUCGACUCCGAUCCACACGUGAAACGAGUUUUCGGAUAUGCUAGACCCUCUGAUUAUGCCAUUGCUGGUGGCAUGGCUGCUGCCUCCCCAAUUUCGUUCUGGAUGAUGGAACGGGUGAGCCCGUCCCAUGUGGGCAAAGGAGGCUUCGCCCCGGUUAUGCGUCUAGCGACAGCUCUCGGCCUUGUAGGAGGUCUCCAUAUCCUUUAUCAGCGAUCUUGCAACCGCUUUUACGGGUUUACGGAGAAUUCGAGAGAGGUCGAGAUAGACAACAGGGAGAUGGUUGACAAAGUCAAGAGGGGUGAGCCUUUGUACGGUGCCUCGAAACUUUCCUCCUACCUACAAGGGGUGGCGGCGAGGAACUCGCGAUAUUCUGAGAUGUUUAUCCAUGUUAUCCCGUGGGUCAAUGCCGUCAAUCACGACCAGCACGGUAUUGACACCGCCAAGUAUUAUCAACAAGCUGAGAGGGAACUUGAAGCUGAGAAGGCCGGCUCUAACUAAAACUGUAGUGUUACAGGGCAUGAAAACGCUGGAAGAUUUGACUGCCAAUCCCGCCUGUUGUGGGCUCCUGUAUACUUAUUCCUCCUGGCGCUACUGUGGUUCAUAAUGCAAGAUUAAAAAAAA